GUGGAAGUGGUAGUGCCAUUGCUAUGAUGUCAAUGGUAAUUAAGCAAACAUAUUGUCAAAGUUAUUAGCGAGGCUCUCAUUAAAAAGGGGCGGAAAGGAACGAUGGAAGCCAGAGACAAUCGGGCGAUUUUUUAUGGCUACUCGAUGGGCAAUUACUUUAAUUGUGCCCGGAGCGAGCCAGGACUACGUCAGCAGGGUUCCACAAAAGACCGAAUGAUUCCCGCUACCGAUACCCAGCAGUCAAAGGAUUGCUCGGUUAAUGGAACGGCUUUGCCUUGACUUUUAUGUCACUGUAGCACUUUCGUGUAGCAUUUCUGAACAGUAAUCUACGAAUAAGACCUCUUGAAGAUGGAGACGCCGCCCCGUAGGUCGCCCAACUUAUCUCCGGAGAACGGGCAGGACAUCAGCUCCCCGAUUCGCAUCCCGGCAUCGUCAUCGAUGAAGACCCUGGGCUUUGGAAGCGGCGUGAAGGUCUACCGCCUGGACCGCUCGCCACGACGCGGCCAGAUCCGUACACCUUUGGCCGUCAAGAGAAUGACGCAAGAUGCCGUGGAGAAGAAGGAAAUGGUCUUCAACGAGCGAAUCUUGCACGAGGCGGAGAUCUUGGGGAAGCUGAAGCACCCAAACAUUGUCGGCUUCUGUGGCCUGGUCACGUCGCUGGAAGGCCUAAACAGCCUGGUCCUGGAGAUAUGCGGCAACUCGUUGGGCUCCAUUCUGGACGAGCGGCACGAGGGCAAACUGGGGCCGCUGCCCGCCAAAUACACCACCAAGGUGAUCACGGACGUGGCCCGGGCCCUGGACUUUCUGCACACCGAUGCCCGGGUGCUCCACGGCGACCUCAAGUCCUUCAAUGUGCUCAUCAACGGCGAGUUCGAGAACUGCAAGCUGUGCGACUUUGGUGUGGCUCUGCCGCUGGACGAGCAUGGCCAGGUGCAGCUCCGCAGGAGUGGCAGUCUAUUCUACGAGGGCACGGGCUUGUGGGCGGCUCCGGAGGUGAUUACGCAGUCGGAGAUCUUGGACAACAAGGCUGACAUCUUCAGCUUUGGCCUUGUCAUUUACGAGACGCUGGCCCUGGUGCCGCCGCACACCCUGAACAUGGAUAUGUUUUGCGGUGACAACAAGGAGAACCUGCCGGAUAAUGAUUUAAUCGAGGAUCUCUCCGAUCUUACGGAGAGCAGCCUCCUGCCCCCUUACGGGAUGCGGCCCGCUCUGCCAGUGGGAUUCCAGGUGAGCGAGGAACACGACAGCAUCGUCGCUCUGUUCUUCCUGUGCACGAAUGCCUCGUUGGAGGACCGUCCCGCUGCACGGACCAUUCUGCAGAGCUUUGAAAAAGGUCCUUAAGGACUAGUCCUCGACUAGAAUCAAGAUAUGUAUUGAAUACCCGACACAAGGUACAUAUGUAUAUGCUCCAUAGUGUCCUGAUCUUUUACCUUAAAUAGUGCGACAAUAACAUGGAAAAGCGAAAUAAUUUUCCUGUUUCUCUUACAAAUAAAAAAGUUCUUUGAAUAAUUUUAAAAAUGAA